AUGGCUCAACGUGUUACCUACAGAAGAAGAAAUCCUUACAACACCAAGUCCAACCAAAUCAAGGUUGUUAAGACUCCAGGUGGUAAGUUGGUUGCCCAGCACGUCAAGAAGUCCGGUUCCCGCGUCAAGUGUGGUGACUGUGGCCUCGCUUUGGCCGGUAUCUCCUCUUUGAGACCAAGAGAAUACGCUCAGGUUUCUAAGACCCACAAGACCGUUUCCAGAUCUUACGGUGGCUCCAGAUGUGCCACCUGUGUUAAGGAAAGAAUCGUUAGAGCUUUCUUGAUUGAGGAACAAAAGAUCGUCAAGAGAGUCUUGAAGGAUGCUGCUGAAAAGGAAAAGAAGGCUGAAAAGAAGACUGCCAAGAAGUCUACCAAAUAG